AUGGAGAUUAUCUUCAACAAUUCAUUGGUCCAUUACAUUCUAUUGAAGGAGGUUGAAGAUGAUAGGAAGAAUGUAAUGACAUUCGAUUUGAAUGGUACGGUUAUAACAUUCACCAAAAAAGACUUUUUAUUGGUGAUAGGAUUGUGGCAAUCACCUAAUCCAACAAUUGUAAGGAGGGGUGAAGCAGUUGGAUCAUUGUGUAGUAGGUAUUUCAAAAAUGAUUUUGUGAGGGACAUUCACAUUGUUACCUUAGAGACAAUGUACAAGGAGAUGGAGUUUGAGAACGAUAUGGAUGCUAUGAAGAUGACAUUGGUCUAUCACACUGAAUUGGGUAUGAUGGGAAGGGAGAAGACAAGGACCAAUGUUAACAGUACCUUAUUAAUUGAUGUGGAGGAUUUGGAUUACUUCAAUUCCAGGAAUCAAGGAAACGUGUUAUGGGAUAGGACGUUACUUGAACUACAAAGAGGAUUGAGUGAUAAGGCAGAGAACUACAAAAAAGGUCCAAGUACAAUAAGAAAUACAUUGUCAAGUACAAUUUACUGGGGUUUCUUCAUGCAUUUUAGGUAA